AUGGCGGGAGGAGGAACGACCUUAGAGUACACACCAACUUGGGUGGUGGCUCUCGUCUGCUCCGUCAUCGUCUCCAUCUCUUUCGCCGUCGAGCGUUUCCUCCACCGUGCCGGAAAGCACUUUCAGAAGAACGACCAGAAGCAGCUUUUCGGGGCAUUGCAGAAGAUCAAAGAAGAACUUAUGCUGCUAGGGUUCAUUUCGUUGCUAUUAUCAGUAAGCCAGUCCAAAAUAGCAAAGAUUUGCAUAUCAAAGGGCUUAAGUGAAAAGUUUCUCCCUUGUAAGAAACCAAAGGUUGAUAAGUCCCUCAAAGACUCCUCCCAUUUCCAGUUCAGCUUCACCGCCCGUCAUCUCCUCGCCGAAGAUUCCACCGCCGGAGAUUAUUGCUCCCAAAAGGGAAAGGCUCCGUUAAUGUCAGUAUCAGCUUUGCACGAGCUUCAUAUUUUCAUCUUUGUAUUAGCGGUUGCCCACAUUAUUUUCUGCCUCCUGACCAUUAUUUUCGGCACCAUGAAGAUAAUGCAAUGGAGAAAAUGGGAGGAUCAAGUUUUAGAAAAGGACUACGACGCAGACCAAGUGAUCCAGAAGAAAAAAUUCACAGCGGUUCAAGAACACGAAUUCAUCAGGGGACGAUUUCUUGGGGUUGGAAAAGCAGAUGCUUGCUUUGGAUGGAUGCAUUCGUUUAUGAAACAAUUUCUUGGAUCAGUCAAUGAAUCGGAUUACAUCACGAUGAGGCUAGGCUUCAUCACGACUCAUUGCAAGACCAACCCAAAAUUCAAUUUCCAUAAGUAUUUGAUGCGUGCCCUUAAUUCUGAUUUCAAGAAAGUUGUUGGUAUCAGUUGGUACCUUUGGGUAUUUGUGGUUCUCUUCUUGCUUCUAAACAUUGCUGCAUGGCAUAUUUACUUUUGGAUAGCUUUUAUUCCCUUGAUUCUUUUGCUUGCCGUGGGGACAAAGUUGGAGCAUAUCAUCACAGAUUUGGCUCAUGAAGUUGCAGAGAAACACAUUGCUGUCGAAGGAGAUCUGGUAGUGCGACCAUCAGAUGAUUUAUUCUGGUUUAAAAGUCCCCGGCUAGUUCUCUUCUUGAUCCAUUUCAUUCUUUUCCAAAACUCAUUCGAAUUGGCCUUCAUCUUCUUUAUCUUCGUUGAAUAUGGUUUUGAUUCUUGCAUUAUGGGACAAGUCAAAUUCAUAAUCCCCAGACUCGUCAUCGGGGUAUUAGUUCAGCUUCUCUGCAGUUACAGUACCUUACCGCUCUAUGCCCUCGUUACUCAGAUGGGAAGUUCAUACAAAGGUGCAAUAUUCAACGAGCAGACACAGCAACAGAUUGUUGGAUGGGCAAAGAUGGCUAAAAAAGGAGUGAAGAAAGGCUCAAGUCAUGCAGGUACCAGUCAUGGUGGUAGUCCAAACCCUCUAGCUACUCCUUCACCGCGCUCUAUUCAGUUGCAGUCGCUACUAGGAAAAGGCUCGUCUCAACAAAAUCACCAUUCUGAGUCUGAGGGAAAACCAGAGAUUGUGCAGGCAGAUUAAUACUCAGUUAUAUACUUCAUAAACAAAAGCUUCCCUCAUCAGAUUCCAUUUCAGAAAGAAAAAAGAA